CUGACGAAUACCGUCGCGCGACACGAUUCACGAUUCGUACAAAUAUUCGUAUGCGAGUGUGCAACACGUGUUAUCGUUAUGAAAAGCCGGAAGCAAAAGUUGUUGUUAUCCUUACGGUCCGGUCGGUCAAUCUUCUUUCAGGAAUGAAUGUUAAUUCGUUCUUAAUUUCGAUUUCGCUCCCUUGCUAUUCGAGUAAUUCUACGUACGUAUAAGCUUAAUCGAAUCACACCUCGCCUCGGUUAACACAUAAAUAUGAUAAUUUCGAAAAAUAGAUAAAUUUGCAUUGAUUAGAUCGAUUCGUUUCUUCUCUUUAUCUUUGGUCUUGAUUUUGUCGACGUUAAGGUCAAGAAAUGUUUGAAUCGCUUUUAUACGCUUCGAAGCGCAAACCUUUGAUUACCUUGUUUUCAACAGCCAGCCCCAUUUCCCUAUAAUUUCUCUCGUCAUAAAAUUACCUGUAUCGUCCGAGGUGCUCGCGGUGCAUUCACAAUGAGAAUCGAACGUUCAUUCAUCGAACGUGCGGCUCACAUUUACGUCUAUGUCCCACGUUACGAUUACCGUCAUCUUUUCGCCGACCUUAAACAAUCAUCGAUCAUCUAUGUAUUUCCAUAGAAUCCUCGAAUAAAAAUAUUUUAGUAUUUAUCGUUUAUCGAAAGGAUCGACGCGAAAGCAAUCGACGAAUCAUCCUCGAUCGCUACGUAGGACAUUUGUCGAGUCACGCGAACGGCGCUGGCGCGGCAGCGGCGGCGGCGUCGCUUACGAAUUCAAAUCUUCGGUCUCUGGAGAAGAGGCGUACCAGACGGACAGAACCGUGUUUUGGUGGUUAAGGAGGAGGGAUCUUUCUUCGGUCAGUGGGUCGAAGAAAGUAGUGACCACGAGUGGUUUACCUUGGUUAAUACUUGUCCGACUAUAUGGAGAUUCCAUAAUAGUAGCCAGGCUUCAAAGGGUCGCGGAAUACUGAACUGGACAAUAUUAUUGUCUGCCUACUUCUGCUGCCUCUUCGCGCAAUCUAUUCACCGAUAAAACAGACUCCGCUUCAGCUUCAGGAUUCUAAAUUGUUUCAACAGGUCCGAACGAUCAUGCGGCCGUGCGGCCGUGCGGGCAUCCGGCCAGACCAGCCACAGAUGGGACGGACGCGGACGGUCGCGUAGUAUGCAACAAGUCCUCUGUUGGUACCAGGUUGCCAAAGGAGGUCACCCGGUCACCCAGAUGAGGUUCCUUGCCCGUUGUUAGCUCCGCGCAUCGGGCCAAUGGCGUGGCACCUCAUCGUCGCCGUGGCCAAUCCUGUCGCCAGUUUUGGUACCGACCGCCGACCGAUCGCCGCGGCCGAUCCGAGACCCGAGCGCGGCUUUGUGCCCAGAUUUAAGCUUCUUCCUAGCUGGACAGGAUCGUCCAGCCUCUUCGAUCUGUGGAUCCUUUUAACAGUUUCGGCGGCACCUUCCACGGCGUCAUUCAACGGACACACUACGAAUAUCUUUCGUCCUCCUUGGAGUCAAAUUCUCAUCUGCAAAAUUAAGGAAGACGACACGAUGGCCGCGAGGUCCACGAUUCUGGUGCUUCUGACCACCGCCGUUGUCGCGGUGUCUUCGGCUGGAUUUCUCGAGUCGCUGCUUUCCUGGGAGUUGCCGAACGCUGUGGGGAGGAGAUCCUCGAUGCCGCCGCAGUCGCAAUGCUUGUGCCAGACAUUCAAUUGUUUGUGCUGCGUCGAUCUAAACCUAACUGCGACGAUCGACUUGGGCGGUGCUGCCUGUAUCAACGUCAAACAAAAAGAACAAAACGUCUCGUUAAACUUGAGCUACGGCGACAAUCCGGUGCACAAUGCCACCAUCAAAAUUGCCGAUGCAGCCAACAAACCGACGUGCAUGAACCUUUUGUCAGACUUGGCACAGAUAUGUGCGAAAUUUACGUCUGUUCAACGAACCGACGCUGGUUACGACGGAUGUCUAGUGAUAGAGCCCUCCUUGCUGGGUACACCGCAAGUCACCUACCACAUGGGAUGCUUCAAUUUCAAUCAAGUUGUGAGGCAAAUCCAAGUGUCCGCCAUCACGGAGACUACAGAGGCCACGGAGAGUACCGAGGAAGACGAGGAAACCCUAAACACCGAGGAACUUAUAGCAGCUGUGACUGCCAGUGCGGAACAAGGCAUAGCUCUGUUCUCCCAGUGGUUGGGUCUGAACCUGAAUCCCAAACUGAAUUUGACCAGCAACAACGAUAAUCGGAUAAUCGAUCAACGUGUCGUUGUAUCCACGACAUCGAGAUCAGCUCGUACUCACUGGGACCAGGAGGAGAAGAACGAAGAGCGAUUCAAGCAGUUACUUAGCGCUCAGGAUAACGUUUUAAAAGGUUCGGCAACGAUCGGCCGAUCGAUCGGAGCAGAAACGACCUUUGUUUAUUCCAAGCCCACCGAGUUAUUAUCUGAAAAAAAUUCAGUCGAACGAGACCUUGACGAGGUGAAAAUUGCUAAUCCUCGACAUCUGGUCAUGGUACCAAGAGAAUCCAGACGGGGUGGUAGAGCGUACAACAUACAUCAACACGUCAACGAAAUCUGA